UGGGAAGCUUAUUAGGGCCCCAAUCGGAAACGAUUUGGUAAGAAGUUUUUAUAAAGGUAUCCUCUGCAUGACUUACAGACUGCUGUGGAGAGUGGACAGUGGUAACCGCAACUUUGGCCUGCAAGAUGGAUGGCGUGCUAGACUUUAUAUUUGUGCUAUAUUUCGCAUCUCACAUUCCUGUGACCAUCCUUAUUGAUUCACAAAUACUUCUGCCAAACCGGCUGUUUCCAGAGACGUUGUUGGAUGUGGUGAACUGGUACAGCCGGGAGCUAAAGGACCCUGCAAUUAUUGAGCGGCCAUCGUGGUUCUUGUCUUUGAUUGGAUGCGAGCUCGCAUUUCAGCUGCCCUUUUUCUUCUUCGCUCUCUAUGCAUUCUGGAAGGGCUACAGCAAGAAUAGAUGGAUACGCAUUCCUGCAAUAAUCUAUUCUUCACACGUUGCGACGACGUUGGUGCCCAUUUUCGCUCACUUGUUUUUUAAUGACUUCACAAGAAGCCAAGUGGCAGGAGCGGGGGCCAUUGCAGGACCAGAGACACUGACAGAAAAACUGAUUUUAUUCGGUAUCUACGCCCCAUACUUUGUCGUCCCAAUGAUGCUGUUAUGCAAGAUGCUAUUCGAGACUGAACCACUCACUGCGACGUAUGAGAGAGAUAGGCUGACAAAACUAAAAAAUAAAUAAGCGAAAGACGAAGUCAAUGUUUAAUAUCAAUCGUUGAGAUUGUGUUAAUCUUGCCUAUUCGUGCAUCUGUGAUGAAGGCAUCAUGAUUUUAUCACACGUGAUCAGCUGACCAAAGAAUUAGUAUUAUCAAUAUUAUGAUCUGUUAUCGAAGCAUCAUAUGUGUUUGAGUGUCACGGUACUGUAAGAGCUUCAGUAGAUUAGUUAAUGACAUAUCAACAAAUGAAACCAUUAAAUAAAUAAUAUUUUGCGAGUAUACGUCUAAAUCA